AUACAAAUAAAUCACACUCUCUGAUUCUUUAUUUUAAUUUUGGUCAAAAAAUGGAAACAAUUCUGCUACGGGUGCUUUUAUUUUGAAAUCCACGACCGGAAGUUGCUUGUUAUUUAAGCCUGAAUGAAAAUCUGUUCUUGUCCAUUAAAUCAGGAGCGAACAGGUGAGCUGACCUCAGUCCUGUCCACCACAGUCUGCUUCACUGCCUGACGCUAACACUGGACGCUCUGAUAGCUACAAACCUCAAACCAAACUCCACUCAAAAAAUGGCAGAAAAUACAUUUGUUUGUGUUUUGGCAAAAGUAAAGCUGCUAGUUUGAUUCUUCGGACAUGUGAGGAAAUGUUAGAACCCUCUCUUGCAUUUGGCAUCAAACACAUCAAAGGAACAACGUUGUAUAUUGUACAUUUCGUGUUUUUGUAGUUGUUCCGUGUUACGUUCGUCCAGGAAAACUCACCGGAAUCAUGGUCACUGGUCAUGUCGGUCUCUCAGGUCUCUCCUGGUCUGUACCUGAGCGAUCUGGCCUCGGCCCUGAGGCCCAGCGUGUUGACCAGUAGGAACAUCACCCUUAUUGUUAAUGCCAGCGGACUGGAGGACAUGUCCUACCCACAGUUGGAUGGACUCCAGGUGCUCCACAUCCCAGUCCAGGAUCAACCUCAUGCCCCCCUGAGACAGUACUUUGACCCCGUGGCUGAACGGAUCAACCAGAACCAGACAGGAAGGACUUUGGUCCACUGCACUGCCGGCAGGAGCCGAUCCCCUGCUCUGAUCAUGGCCUACCUGAUGAGGUUUGAAGGCCUCAGCCUCCGUCAGGCUCACGAGCAGGUUCUGGAGCAGCGACCCUUCAUCAGACCCAACGCUGGUUUCUGGAGACAGCUGAUCGACUAUGAACGGACUCUGUUCAGCAGGAACUCGGUGCAGAUGGUGAGGACGUCCAGCGGAGUCCUGCCCGAGGCUUUGCAGGACUCGGAGGACUCUAGCACCACCGCAGCGUACUGUGUUAAUGUUUGAUGACAUUAGAGCCACAAAGGUCCAAGACCAGAACCAGAGAUGGUCUUUAACUGUUUGGUCAGUGAUGUUGAAACAGCUCUUUGAAAUGUCUUUUAUUUUGAAAGUUUCAGCCAGGUGUUUUGGGUUACCUGCUUGACUGAUAAGCUUCAGACCAUAAACCGUGUUUACCUCA